UUACAAAAUUUAUAAUGCAAUUUGUACAUCCAUGCACGAUAUUUUUAAAUGAAACGGUAAUUCAAAUUUGACAAUAAUAGAGCGCAGAACAAAGUCCAGGCUUGGUUUAUUAUGAUUUCUUUGGAAGAAUGGGAAGAAAAGACAAAGCUGACAGAAGUACAGAAACAGGCUGUACAUGAUAUUCAAGAAGCUUGUUUAGACUUACCUCUUCCUUCGUCUUGGUAUUUUGAAAAGGUUUCUGCUGCAACUACUCCACCAUUGAUCAAAAAGACUCCUUCAACCGCAGACUUACUCGCAUCAGCCAAAGCAACAACAGAUGGUAUUGACACAUUGCAGUCCUUUUUUGAUUGGUUUGCCAAUAUUGAAAGUGAAAUGGAUCAAGAGGAUGUCUAUCGUGAUCAUCUUCAAAAAGUUCAACAUUACCGACAAGCAUGCAUCAUACUUCUUGAUCAUCUUCAGCAGACUCGUCUAGCAUUAGAAGUACUCGAAAAAGACUAUGCGUUUGUAUCAGAAAAGACAAGUACAGUGCAGGCAGCAUGUGAAUCAAUUCUCAAGGACCAAGAGAGGUUAACGCAUAUCGCAGACGAAUUAUCUCAGCGAUUGGACUACUUUAAUCACCUUGAGGUGGUAGCAAAGUUACUGAAUGCGCCUGGAGAGAACGUUUGCUUAGAUCCUGAAUUUAUACCCGCUCUCAGCAAGCUUGAUGAGUGUAUUGAAUACAUGAACCAGCAUCCUCAAUACAAGGAUGCCGAAUUGUAUUUUAUGCGAUUUAAACAGUACAUGACAAAAGCAAUGACGCUUAUCAAAAUGUAUGUUGUUUCAACCAUAAAAAGCUUAGGUCAAGAGAUUUCCAAACAGAACAAGGAUGCAUCUAUUACCAUAGGCAAACAGACGACAACAUGCUAUGUGAGAUUCAGAGUGAUCGCACCCACCGUCAAAUCGCUGACAAGCCAGAUUGAAAAGCGGGCUCAGGACUAUCAAUCUCUCUAUGACGAUAUCCUUUACACCUAUGCUCAAACACGACAGCAACUAAUUGUACCUAUCAUAACACGCAAACUGCAUGAAUCAUCAGAUAUGGAUUUACUUCAACUUGCAAAGAAUGGUUGUGCUUAUAUGAUGAACCUAUGCUCUGAUGAACUUGUGUUAUUUUAUAGUUUAUUUCAGCCAUCUUAUGAUAACCAGCUAUACCAAUAUUUAGAAACAUUAAUAAGUCAUUUUUAUAAUUUUAUUUGGCCAAGGAUUCAUCGUGAAAAUGAUACAACUGUGCUUUCAGAGUUAUGCAACAUAUUCUCUAUGUAUGUUAUGCAAGAUAAGCAACAUUAUGACGAGUAUGAAAACAAAAGACUAAAGUUUGGCAGUUUAAUACAUCGCUUGUUGAGUAAUACUCAAGCAAAAUUGGCAGCCAAGUCACCAAACACCGCACAAUAAGAAAUGCUAUUAAUCACUUAUAAUCAAAUCACUCUAUCAAAUAAAGAGUGUCCACUCAUCAUUCCAUGACAAGCAAACAAACAAGCAAAGAGAGAGACAGAGAGACAGAG